AUGGUUGAAUACACUGUUAAAAAAUUAAAACGGGCAUUUUUUUCAUAUUUUAAAUCUAAAGGUCAUGAGAUUAUUAAAUCGAGUUCUGUUAUUCCUAGUAAUGAUCCUUCACUUCUAUUUACAAAUAGUGGUAUGGUACAAUUUAAGAAUAUUUUGAUGGGACAAGAAACAAAUCUAAAAAGAGCUUGUUCUAUACAAAGAUGUAUUAGAGCCGGUGGUAAACACAAUGAUUUGGAUGAUGUAGGAAAAGACACUUAUCACCAUACAUUUUUUGAAAUGAUGGGUAAUUGGUCAUUUGGUGAUUAUUUUAAGAAAGAGGCUAUUGAAUAUGCAUGGGAUUUUUUAGUAAAUAUUCUUAAAUUAGAACAGGAUAGACUAUAUGUUACUUAUUAUAAAGAUAUGGAUAGUGAAUCAUAUAACAUUUGGAAAGAAUUUCUACCAAGUGAGCGUAUUAUAGAAGCCGAUAAAAAUGAUAAUUUUUGGGAAAUGGGGGAUACUGGCCCAUGUGGUCCCUGCACAGAAAUUCACUAUGACCGUAUCGGAGGAAGAGAUGCAUCUCGACUUGUAAAUCAAGAUGAUCCCGAUGUUAUAGAAAUAUGGAAUAUUGUUUUUAUAGAAUACAAUAGAACUCCUACUGGGCUUGAGCCACUUGAAAGGAAAUGUAUUGACACAGGUAUAGGAUUUGAAAGACUACUAAGUAUUUUAAAUAAUGUUAAAUCAAAUUACCUUACUAAUUGCUUUAUACCAAUUAUAAAAAAUAUAGAAAAUAUGACAGAUAAAAAAUAUGAAGACAAGUUAACGAUUGAAGAUACAGCUUUUAGAGCUGUAUCAGAUCACUGUAGAACUAUUGCGGUCUGUUUAAUCGAUAACGUAGAAUUUUCUAAUGAAGGACAAGGCUAUGUCUUGCGCAGAAUUUUAAGACGUGCGGUUCGUUAUGCACAUGAUAUUUUAAAAAUGCAAAGAGGGGACAUCGGAAAUUUGGUAAAAGAAAUUCUAAAAGAAAUGUUGCUUGAAAUAUUAGAAAAUGAUGAUGGAGAAAUUGAUCAUAAUUUAUAUGACACUAAAAUAAAAAAAGGUAUAUUAGAUGUCAAUCGUGAAGAGGAUAAAUUUUUAGAAACACUACAAAAAGGUUUAGAAAGAUUUAAAAAAAUGAGCAUGAAUUCACAAAUUAUUUCUAGUGAAGAAAUUUUUAGACUUUACGAUACAUACGGAUUUCCUACAGAUUUAGUGCAAAUGUUAGCAGAGGAACAUAAUGUUAAAUUGGAUUUUUCAAAAUUUGAAGAAUGCAAAGAAAAAGCAAGAGAAUUAAGUAAAAAAAUUAAUAAUGAAAUAACAGAAAUUAUUUUAUCUGAUGUUUCUGUAACGGAUGAUCAAUUUAAAUAUACAGAAAAUGGGAUAAGUGGUAGAUUACAAUUUUUUACUUUAGAAAAAAAAAUUAUAAAAUUUAAUGUUAUAAAUGAUGAUAUUUCAUCAAGUCUUGAAUCGAUUUGUAAUAUUUCAGAGAAUAAUCCCAAAUUUUUUAAUCUGCCUCCUGAAAAUACAAGAAUUGGUAUGGUUUUUGAUAGAACAUGUUUUUAUAGUGAAAGCGGCGGACAAAUAGGUGAUACGGGAUUAAUAACUUUUUAUGAAGAUAAUGUUGAAGUUGGUAGGUUUAUAGUAGAUGAUUGUAAAAAAGUUAAUGGUUAUGUUUUACAUUACGGAAAAUUACAAGGCAAAGUAACACUAUAUGCCAAUUUAGAAUAUGAUGAUAGAUCAGAUAUUGAAAGAAAUCAUACUGGAACACAUCUUUUUAAUUAUUUUUUGAGAAAAGAGAUUAAUACAAUGCAACGAGGAAGUUUAGUAGCAAAAAAUAAAUUUAGAUUUGAUUUUGAAGGGCAUAAAAUAGAUUUACAAAAAGUUGAAGAUAACAUUAACUUGUGUAUUCAACAAAAUUUACCUGUUACAAUUAAAUUUAUGCCUAAAGAAGAUUUAUUAAAAGAAGAAAAUUUAAUUUAUAUGAAAAAUGAAGAAUAUCCAUCGAUUGUUAGGAUGAUCUGUAUUGGUAAAUUGGAAAAUCCUGAAAUAAGAGAGCUUUGUGGUGGAUGUCACGUAAAAAAUACUGGUGAUCUUUAUAAAUUAAAAAUUAUUAGUGAAAGUAGUAUUUCUAGUAAUGUUAGGCGAGUAAUUGGUAUCACUGGUAAUGAAGUAAGAAAAGCUGAGAAAAAAAUAGAAGAAAUUAAAUUAAAAGUAGAUAAUGGGGAGGUAGUACAUUUGGAUAAAAGUUUACCACUUUUUGAGAGACUUCGGCUUGAAGCUAAAGUUAAGGAGAAUAUUGAAGUUAUUACUAAAGCGAAGAAAGAAAAUUUUACAAAAAAUUUAAAGAAUUUAAAAAUGAUUAUUGCUGUGACACGGGAUACACCUGUAAAAUAUGAGCAAAAAAUAUUAUAUGAAUAUCAAACAUUAGAUUACGAAACAAAAAAGGAUAUCUUAAAAAACAUAGGCAAUUUUAUCAAAUUGUUUAAGGAAGAUGAAGAUUUUCUUUUGUGGGGUAAAUGUGAAGAUUUUGUUCAUGGAUACGUAAAACAAACAAAUUCUGAAGAAAUUCGUGAUAAAUUUAAAGAUGGAUUUUUUUUAAUGAAAAAUGGAAUAUUGCAGUUUAGUUUUAAAACUGACAAAAAUGUUAAGCUAUUGUUUAAUUAA